GGAGGCUGCGCCUUUGCGAUUCAGUCGUCUCACAUACAGCCUCUUCGUUGGCAACCAUCCUACCCAAGCCUGAUAAGAGACGGUAUUGCAACUAUGACUUGGGAUCUUGUCACGCUGAAUUCCGGUUACGUUAUGCCGAGCAUUGCUUAUGGUACAUGGACCCUUGGGAACGGGCAGGGUCCCAUCGACCAGAUCGCGCAAGCUUUCGACACGCAAUACUACCACAUUGACACCGCUCAGGGGUACAGAAAUGAGGGUGAAGUGGGCAUCGCUCUUCAUGAAAGCGGUCUGUCGCGCGGAGAUGUAUUCAUAACGACUAAAUACUCUGGCUUCGACGGGCUGGAUAUUCCGACUGCGAUCAGAAACAGCGUCAACAACAUCGGAACGCCUUACGUAGACCUAUACCUGAUUCAUAACCCACGCCUCGCGGUACCGGACAUCCCAACAGCGUGGGCAGAAAUGGAGAAGGUGGCGGAGGAUGGACUGGCAAAGAGUAUUGGUGUGAGUAACUUUGGUGUGCAAGAUUUGGAAAUUCUGUUGGCGUCUGCGAAAAUCAAACCUGCUGUAAACCAGAUCCUUCUCCAUCCCUAUGUUUACUUGCAACAGGCGCCUAUAGUGGAGUAUGCCGCUGAACAUGACAUUGUCAUUGAGGCGUACAGCGCCCUCCGACCACUCACCAAGGAACCCAGUGGCCCGUUAGACGCUCCACUGAACGAGAUCGCCACUCGACUUGGGGCAACUACAGAUCAAGUGCUUCUCGCUUGGACAAAGGCUAAAGGCGCCGUUAUCGUCACAACCAGCUCCAAGAAAACACGUUUAGAAGGCUAUCAAGAUGCAGGCGAUAUUGGUGAGUGCCAUCUUGAGGAAUGAUUUGGUAUGUCAGUGACUUUACAUGUUUCCAUGACAGAGCUUUCAAAAGAGGACAUUGCUGCAAUUGAUGCUGCUGGAGCAUUGGGCGAAAAGCGGAUCACCGUUAGAAUAGGGCUGCGGAAGUUUGGUGUUGGAGUUCUAGUUGGAGUUGCGGUGUUGGGCCUUUGCAGUUAUUUUAGAAUUAAGAUUGAUAAAUCGUCGUAGGAUAUAUUAUUAUGUUCGAUCGCUCGUUAGGACAUUUUAACACAGACCUGGUCCUGCCAAUGAGUCGAGCACUGAAAGGCUGACAGAUGAUUGUGAGCUCGAUGAUCUGAACAUACAUUUCAUCAAAAGAUACAUAGGCGCUUUCCAGGGGUUUCCAGGUUGACAUGGACUGCCAUGGCCACACUCUGUGAUGUACGACACACUUACUUGCAUGAUGCGUGUGCGUGUGGUCAUGGAGUCGGCACCGUAAAGUUUGCAUGCAAC